AUGAACCCUCCCAGCCUUCUGGCUUCGGCCGCCAUUAACAUUGGCUUGGCCUUCAUCAUUCUCUCUCUUUUCUCCAUCCUCAAGAAGCAGCCUUCCAACGCCACCAUCUACUACGCCCGCCGCCUUGCUCACCGCCACAGCUUCGUCGUCCCCUCCUCUGCCUCUGUCCUCGCUCGUUUUCUUCCUUCCGUCUCUUGGAUUCCCCGCGCUUAUCGCGUCACCGAAGAUGAAAUCAUUCAAACCAGUGGCCUCGAUGCUCUUGUCAUCAUCAGACUCUUCAAGUUUGGCAUCAAAUUUUUUGCGGUGUGUACUCUUGUAGGAUUGGUGGUACUUCUCCCGGUUAACUACGGCGGUGGGGAUGCUUCAGAAAGAAAUUAUUAUUCAACGGAUUCGUUUACAAUAUCCAAUGUUAGUGUAGGAUCUGAUAGGCUUUGGGUGCAUUUUGCAUGUUUGUGUUUCAUAUCUUUCUAUGGACUGUAUCUAUUGUAUAAGGAAUACGAUGAAAUUUUGACCAGAAGGAUUCAACAAGUUCACAAGAUAAAGAAUAGACCUGAUCAGUUUACCAUUGUAGUCCGUGAAAUUCCCUUGUGUGUCGAACAUAAGGCACGUGGGUGUUUUGUUGAUCACUUCUUCUCCAAGCACCAUCCCUAUACAUACCACUCGAAUCAAAUGAUAUAUGCCGCAGAAGAUCUUCAAGCGUUGCUGAACCAGGCAAAAUCUCUUGCAAGAAAAGUGGAGGAUUUGAGAGACACUUCCAAGGGCAAGAAGCAUAGGAACAAAUUUUCACUCUUUGAAGCCUUGCAACACGAUUCUUCUAAAGAAGCAUUACUUGAGGAAAAGCUUCAAGCAAUUUGUCACAAGAUUCACCAGUUACAGAGUGAAGAUAUGCUCAAACAAAAGGAGUUGCCAGUUGCUUUUGUCUCAUUCAAGACCCGCUCAGGUGCUGCGGUAGCAGCUCAGUUGAUGCAGCACUCGCAUCCACUUCUUUUGAUUACUGAAAUGGCUCCAGAGCCAAGGGAUGUUUCAUGGAGGAAUAUGAAAAUACCAUAUAGAGCGGUGCCACUUUACAGACUUGGUGUUCUUAUUGCAGCAUCACUGCUUACAGUUUUCUUUAUCAUCCCUGUUACUGCUGUGCAAGGCUUAGCCAAAUAUGAGAAACUCAAAAAAUGGUUUCCUCCAGUCAUGGCUGUGCAGUUAAUACCAGGAUUAAGCUCAGUAGUGACAGGGUAUCUGCCCAGUGUUGUGCUCAAAGGAUUCAUAUAUGUUGUGCCCUUCGCAAUGUUUGCAAUGGCUAAAGCUGCUGGAUGUAUUGCAAAAAGUAAGGAAGAGAUCAAAGCUUGCAAUAUGGUUUUCUACUUUCUGGUUGGAAAUGUGUUCUUCUUGAGCGUCUUGUCAGGAUCUCUGCUAGAUGUGCUUGGGCUAUUCAUCAGUCAUCCUAAGAAUAUUCCAAGUCACCUUGCCAGGGCUGUGUCUGCCCAAGCAGAUUUCUUCCUGACAUAUAUAUUGACAGAUGGUCUGUCAGGGUUUUCUUUUGAGGUUCUCCAACCUGGCUUACUAAUUUGGGAUGUUAUGAAGUCUUGUUUUUGUGGGUGCCGACGAGACAAAAGUCCAUACCUUUACUCUCUGCCCUACUUCAGAAUUAUUCCUUUGGUCUCUCUUUCAAUACUAAUUGGUAUAGUGUAUGCAGUUGUAGCACCAUUGUUGCUCCCAUUUCUUAUUGGCUACUUCUGUCUAGGCUAUGUUGUCUAUAUCAACCAGAUUCAAGAUGUGUAUGAAACGACCUACGAGACAUGUGGACAGUAUUGGCCGUACAUUCAUCACUACAUUCUUCUUGCAAUCAUUCUCAUGCAGGUUACCAUGAUUGGUCUAUUUGGAUUGAAAUUGAAGCCAGCUGCUUCCAUAGCAACAAUUCCACUACUAUUGUUCACUUUGAUGUUUAAUGAGUACUGCAAGAUGCGUUUUCUUCCUUCCUUUCAACAUUAUUCUCUCAAGGAUGCAGCCGAAAAUGACGAACUUGAUGAGAAGUGUGGUCUUUUGGAGGUUCACAGUGAGAAUGCGAUCAAUGCCUAUUGCCCACCAGGCUUACGACCAGUGAACUUAAUGUCAUCAGAGUCUAGCUCCGCACCAUUAGUCUCCUCUGCAUGA